CAAAAUGGUAAAUGUCUUUUGUAUACAUUCAUUCAUAUCUCUCUAGAUAUUUUACACUAUGUAUAAUAGAAGUUAUUUCUGUUAUUUUUUUAUAUAUUCAUUGCACUGCAGGUAACUUUGCACAGGAAUAAGAUGCUCUAUAUAGAUGUAAUGUCCUAACAGUAGCCAGUGUUCUCCUAGGCAUGACUUGUGGAAAUAUUGUAUGAGUUCCCUACUAAAGGCCUGCUGAGUCAGCUUAGUGCACCAUUGGUAAGGCUUAUCUGUUACCAGUCACUCAGUAACAAUUUCCUAUUGAGUGAUGUUCCUAUCACCCCAACCCUCAGCCAGAUUUUUCCAUGCAGCAAAUUCUAAGGACCCAUCCCUUCAAACCAUUUUUUUCUCCUGUCACCCAGAUCCAAUCACUUUAAACAAUUAAAAUUUGGAGCACAGAUAUGGCAAAUACUGUAAUACUGCUAUCCAUCUACUACACUGGUGACCCACAGAGUGAAACAUCAUAGCAUAUCGCUAACUCGCUUACAUAAGAUGCAGAAUCCGGAACUGAGAUCAGCAUUCCUUGAUGCUCCAUGAUAGCAGCAGCAACUCAGGACUGCCAAGUCCUUAGCCAACUGGGGAGCCUCCUGGUUCCCCCGUUGAUCUCCAUUUCACCUUCCAGUGGGAACUCACACCCACACAAUCACUCCCUAAAGAGAUACAGACACCAGUUCAAGCAAUAGAUGCCAUCUGUCUGCUAUAGCUGUGAUGCAGUGGGUUCAGAUUAACCUGUUCAUGUAAAGAAGAUAACCAAUGAAAAUCACCUGUAGAUCAACAGGCCAGUCAGAAAUUAGAAUUGGUUCAUGUUGUUUGCUCUUUAGAGAAUUGUGCAAUUUGACAAUAUAUUUCAGGAAGUUCAGAGCUGGUCCUUGUGUCUCAAGGACAUAGCUGUGAAUGUUUUAUUUAUUUCCUUUUUGAGAUCUAUGUUUGCAAUGUAGGAGAGCAUAUACAUUGAUGACAUACCAGGGAGUUACAGCAUCAGAUAAGGAAUCAUUCCAACUUUUAUUUUCCCUGAAUAUACAUAGAGAAUGCUUGUUGACCUUAUUGCCAAAUCACCAUGUAGCAUAUAUUAGCACUGUCCACCUAGUUCACUAUGUAGGUGAGCAGAUUGUCACACUCAGCAGAAAUCAAUUGUGUGUUAUACAAUUUGCCUUCCUCCCUCUCACAACCCUGAGUUCCUGUGGAUUCCCCAGUCUUUUGGGAUGGGGAAUCCACAGGAUUACUAACUCAAAAAACAAAGAUUUAGACAGAAAAUGAACACUGGCUUUGCUCUGACCACAUUAACCUGCAAAAUUCUGAAUCUUGUCUGUGAAACUAAUAUUGUGAUAUACAAAAUAUUUACAGAACUGUUAUCUGUGUUUAAAUGGGAGGCAGCUAGAAAAUUUAUAUUUAUCAAAUCUGAGUAUGGUAUGCUAUUUAAUCCAUUCUUACUGGAUAAUGUCUAAUCAGUUUACUGAGUUGAAUUUUGGCUGACAAGCAGCCAUGCCAUGCAUGGUCAAGGUGGUUCUAAAUUGUGACCUCUGACUGUCCCCUUAAUCCCUUGGUGACGGGUGAAGAAAACUAAAAAAAACUAUACGCUCUGUUGAUCAAUGGCAACGCGCUGACUUUGAGCGCGGGAGUUUGGUACAUCAAGCCGAAUCACCGCCUUGUAGCGAUUUCGCAUGCUGCCACGGCGUACAGCCGCACCCCACAUUUCGAGCGAUUUGUUAUGACGUCUAGAGAAGUGACCCGUCGUGAAGGGGUUAAAAGUCUAUUUAGCUUCAUUUCCUAAGAAAUUGUAUGUGCCAUAGUCAAAAGGGUAUACAUGUCUUAGUAAAAACUCACAAUCUUGUUGUGAGUGAAUUAAAGCAUUCUUACUCCAGUCUCUGAGAGAAUGACACAGAAAUUUCUGUGUGCUUAUUUAUCAAAGAAAGGACCACUCUUCAACCUUACAUAUAAAGGACAAUAGUUUUCACUAUUGCAAGCAGUUCAGCUGUUCAAAACUGUCAGAUAAAUAUGUAUGUAUACAACAAGAAAUAGCAAAGGUCAAUUUGUAUCUUGCUUUUACUUGCCAGCAGAGGAAGUUACCAAUUGCAAAAGAAUUGCUCAUUGGUUAAGUUUGUUUUCUGAAAAUAGUAUCCAGUCUGCUUGUCUCAUCAAGGAGCUAUUUUGUUUAAAACAACCAUUUUUCACAUUAUGCUGCAAAAUAUGUUAGAGUAAAAUAUGGCAUAUCUAGUACCACUAGAGGACUCGACCACAAAUGCAACUGAUGCAGUGAAAAGUCUUGCUGAAGUAUUUGCUGGUACAGGUGUAUCAUUUUCCUCUACUGUCCAAAUCAUAUCAAUUCAUAUAGAAUAAGUAUUGUGCCAAUAAUAUCAUAUAUGUAUUAGAUAAUAUAUAUCAUGGAAUCAUGUUUGUGAACAACAUGAAGAGAUGACAGAGAUGCCUGCAGAUCAGGAUGCUGUACACAUACAUGUGAGGAAGGAUGUGGAACAUAGCCGAGCCUAUAUCGACCAACUAUAUUCUAAUGAUCCUCAAAAAUGCUUCCAAGCAGUUAGUGAAUUAAAGUUUGCAGUUAUUGGUAGUGUAAGGGAGAAGGGUUCCAUAAUUGAGCAGGGAGUUGUAGUGCGAUUACUUCAGAUUCUUCGUGCGCAAGAGUUUGAUCUGAUUCUUAAAACAGAAGUAGCAACUGUACUGAAUUCACUUGCAAAAGGUCUACCAGAGCAUGCAUCGGCAUUAGUGCAAGCAGGACUUCUACCUGUUUUGUGGGAACAACUUGAAGCCUGUGGUGGAGGAGGGGGGGCCAACGCAUAUACGUCAAUGGUUCUCUGUUGCCUUCGAUCAGUCUAUCGGCAGGGUUGCGCACCCCCACCUCCUGCCUGGGACCACAAACUCCUAACAACUCUUAUACAACAUGGCUAUCAUCCCCCUAGCAACCAGGAAUGUGUUGCCAACAUCCUUGCUCAUGCAUGCAAGGUAUCCAGGACCUGUGAACAGCAGCAGCAAUUAGUAGAAGCAGGGGGAGCAGAUCUUGUAGCCUGUAUGUUGUGUUCACCUGUGUCCAGAGUUCAGCUUCCUGCAUUACACUGUUUGGCAGCCAUGUGUUACAACAAUGAGAGAGUUUCGUCUAUCAUAGCUACUAAGAGUUACGGUGGUAAAGCUGUGCCAGACUUGCUUGUGGGUUUAAUGGCAAGAGAUCGGCCUUGUGAUAUGCAGCUUGCUGCAGCUACUGCGCUAACAUUCCUGCAUCGCGCAGGGGCACUGUCAGCUGAUGAUCCAAAAGUCAUAUUUAAGACUUUACAAUGCUUGGUUCGGAUGUGUCGUCGAGAUAGGGAAAUAUGGGAACGUGUUGAAGCAGCUAACACGUUAGCUUAUCUGACUGAAGUAAGUACAGAACUACAGAGGACAGCAGCCAUGACAGACCACCUAAUUCAUAUAAUGAAUGAUUACCUCAAAGACACACCCACUGCUGGAGCUUCAGCACCACAGGGAAUUAGUGUUUCUCCAAUCUCUUGUCGACAGUAUGAUAAUCCAAGUACGUGGCCUGAUCUGAUGCUAGAAGCUGCCCUGAAGGUCUAUGCAUCUUUGGGGGCAAAUGAUGAAGAUAUUCGCCAAAGAGUAAUCAAUACAGAAGGCCUGAUGAACACAAUUGUCGGUGCCUUGUCUGCAGCCUGUCCACCAAUCCAGUUAGCUGCUGUUAGGUGUCUUCAUUCUCUUUCAAGAUCUGUGCACACACUCAGGACAACUUUUCAGGAUCAUAUGGUCUGGAGACCUCUUAUGACAGUUUUAAAGACCUCCAACUCUGAGGAACUAGUUACAGUAGCUUCUUCGACACUCUGUAACCUCUUGCUUGAAUUUUCACCAUCCAAGGAACACAUCCUUGACCAAGGUGCCGUUGAAUUUCUUUGUGGACUAACAAGACGACCUCACCCAGGUUUAAGACUUAAUGCUGUGUGGGCACUAAUGAACAUGGCUUUCCAAGCAGAGCACAGAGUGAAGGCUUCCAUCCUGCACCACUUAGGAACUGAUCAAAUAUUCCGACUACUGUCGGACACAGAUGUUCACAUCCUCAUGAAAACUCUAGGUCUGCUGAGAAACCUUCUGUCAACAAAGGCCCAUAUUGACCAGAUUAUGCAAAGUCAUGGAAAAGAAAUUAUGCAGGCAAUCAUCUUAAUCUUAGAAGGAGAACACUCAGCUGAGGUGAAGGAGCAAGCACUCUGCAUUUUGGCUAAUAUUGCCGAUGGAGACAUGGCCAAGUCUGCCAUUAUGUCCAAUGAAGAUGUACUCAAGAAGCUAAUGAAUUAUAUGGUCAUACCAAAUGUUAAACUACAGAUAGCAGCAACCUUCUGCAUAAGCAACCUUAUUUGGAAUGUUGAGGAGGGAGCUGCUGAGAGACAAAACAAACUUCGUGAAAUGGGAGUAUACAAACUAUUACAAAAUCUAAUGACUACUACUGAUACUGGAUUAUUUGACAAGGUGAAGACAGCAUUGCAGCAGUUCCUCUAGCAUUGAGGUAGAACAGGUAGACAAUUAGGUUUUGAUAUUAUGUAAAUUUCAUAUUGUACCCCAUACUAAUGGGUUAUUUACUAGGUUGUCAGAUGUGUAUGUUGAGUAUCAAGCUAAUCAAGGUGGCCAUAGAUGAAAUAAAUUAUUAUAUCCUUUAUAUGUAGAUAACUUGAUUUAUGGUACGGUUGAUUAGUUCAACUAAAAGGCUUUAUUGUUUGUUUAGAUGCUCAUGCUUUAUGUAAACAUGUAUAUAGUUAUUAAAGUUAAGGAGAAAAAAGUGAUACAUAUUUAAGAGAAGGGAUUAUUACCUUUAUUUUUGUGAAUAUAUGUGAGUGUUCAUAAUGAUUUGUAAGCAAUAUAUAUAUAUAUAUUUAAUGUAGCUUACUCAAAAUUUGAUUUGUUAAUAAUAAGCCUUGCUUGCUUUGUUUAUGAAGUGCUCAAAGAUAGAGGGGGGGAGGGGGAGAAGAGGGAAGCCAUCCAUGACUGAGCCAUAGUUUGUUAAAAUGGAUUUUAUUUUGAAGGAAUGUUGAAGAAUACUGUUACUUGGUAUGUUUUUCUCUGGGAAAUUAAGGAGUAGGUUUCUCACUACUACAUAAGUAUUAAUAUGAGAUUGUGUGAACCAAAUUGUUAAAAAAAAUAUUAUGCUGAGCAAUAUUUUCAAAUUCAGGUGAAGUAGUGUGAACUUGGCAAAAUUACAGUUCUUUUUGUUGUGGAAUACACAACAUUAAUUCUAUGGAAAGUGACUCUGUAGAUUAAGAUAUAUCUUAAGUAUGCAGAAUAAAAGUACAACAUUAAAACACAUUUUUAAAAUUGGCCUAAGGAAAUGGAGUAAUGCUUGCUUUUAUUAUUUUUAAUGGAAGGUGAAGUGAGACAUUAGACAGUCAAGCAAAGAGUUCACUUCAUUAUGAUGUUAAUUUUUUAUCAUUCUUACUUGUUUAUUGUUAUCAUCAUCUUCAUGUAAUUUAUGUCCAUUGUUCAUUUCUAUCAGUCACAUCAUUAUUCUAAUUUUUAAGGAUUAUUAUUUGUAUUCUUUAUAUUUUUUUCAUUGUUUACAUUUCAUGCCAGAAUUUUCUGUUUGCCUAAGCAUGCCAUAAAAGUAUGAAUAUGAACAAAUUAUUUCUUUUUAUUGCUGCCCUUUUGAAUCUGAUGAAUGUAACUGACUUGUAGAUUUCAGGCAAGGCAUUUAAUUUCAUACCUAGGUUAGUAUAGAAUAUUACCACAGUGUUUUCCAGAGUAAGAACAAACUGGAACAAAAAAGGUAGGUAUCAAGGUAGAUGGCUAUUAUUAUUAUCACUGUGAACCAUUUGCUAUGAAUGAAAAAAAAGAGAUUAUUCUUUCUUAAGUGUAAUUUUUGUGCAGAAAACUGGUUAGCUUUUGUAUUUUCAUCCCUUAAGUUUUUCUCAGCAGCCUUUGAAUUUCAAAGGUGUAGGUGUUUAGUGUAAAGGAUAUUGCAGAGUAUAUGUGUACUGUAAGUUUCCUGUGUCUAUAUGUAUAAAUUCUCAUUGUUUGAUAGGUGGGUUUUCACUUGUCACAUUCAGUUAAUUACUUUUUUCAUUAUAAAUUACUUCCUUAUUUCAUUAUAAUAAGCCUACAAUGUAUGGAAAAAGGUGUGCCAGACUACAUUGGCUGUUCUGGUCAUUAAGAUUAUAAAAAAAAUACUGGAAAGUUCUUCUUUUGAAUUGAAGCAUAUUCAGUACCAUAACUAUGAUCAUAUACUUCAUUAGACAUUAACAUUAAACAGUAUUCUUCAUUAAUAUGAUUAGGUCAGACCCUUUUUUUUUUUCAUUUUGUAAAACAUUUUUUAAAUGGAUUAUUGAAUGCCUUUGGCAAAAGACUACUAGUUGAUAGCUUCAUCUGUUGACUAGAUUAACAUACUUUUUUUCUUUAAUUUCUUUUAAAAAAAUGGUUCUUCGACAUUUAGGCAUCUAUGAAGAUUGCAUUAGCCUGGAAAGUACAAACUUGUGGAAAAAUUGUGUUUGUGUUGUGUUUGACCUAAAAUCAAGAAUUGCCAAAUUAGAUACUGUUUAAGAUUACAUAAGAAAUAUCAUAAAAGAUUUCAUAGUGAAAUUCAUAUUUUACAGAAGUGGGAUUUAUUAAAAGACAUAGGAACAGUGUUGAUGAGUAUGUUGAGUAUUCACAUACAGUUAGCAGGAAAGCAUUAUGAUUUUUGAAAAUGGAAGGGAAUUUACAGUAUGCUGGCCACAGUCAUGAAUCGAAUAUUAUGCAUAAAAGUAUAUUUUUUCUGCAGCUAUGUUUCAGUUCAGGUAUUUACAAACAUUUGCAGAUGUGAAUAACUUCCUUGUAUAUUAAUAGUUGAUGUAUUUAGUGCAUUGGUAAGCUAUCUUAUCUUUGAUAUAACUUUGAAGAUGAAGAGGUGCUAAGUAAAAGGGAAGGCAAGCUAAACAAAACAUUUUUUUAGAAUGAACUAGUUAGCAAGAUUUACAGAAUUAUGAAAAUUAGUCUGUUAGGAUUGAAAGGGUCAAGUUCACUAAUAAAGCAGAAAUAGCAAGACACCAGUGUUGAUAUGCUGAUGCUAGCAUAAGGAUGUAUUUAUAUAUUUAUGAAUAUCUAUGAAUAUUCAGUGUUAUUUCUGCCUACCAAUGGCUACUAAUGUUUGGAUGCUACAUCCACAUCCUUGUAUUCUGUAAGAUAGAUCAGCAACUAUGUUCAGUAGGGUUGUUGUAGAUUUACAAAAUUGCGAAAUACAAGUUUAUUAUAGCAGCAUUGUUAAAAUUUGCAACAUCGAAAGUUGCACAUUUAUAGAGCUUGCCAGUGUAGUGUGAUUAUGAUAAAACUGUCAAGCAUAAUUCCAUGGCAUAGAGUAAACCUUUUUUCUGCAUGAGGUAUUGCCAGGUUUAGGUUUUAUUUUCUUCUAGGUUAUUUGAUAAGGAGAAACGAUUGAGUUAUUUGAUUAUUUUUUUCAGUUUUGUGUAGUAGAUGGAAGUGAUAAGCUUUGCCUGCCUAUUGAAACUAAGAUACUGAACAUGGAAACAUUUGUCAUAUAUAUUUAACAUUUUAUUAAAUGUAUUUAGUUCAAUAUAUUAGUGUACUGAAUAUGUUCCUGUUAAAUGUAAUCUACACUGGGUCAGCAGAGUCAGACUGUAAUUGGUAUGCAAUAAUAAUUUUAAGUAACAGUUUUUCAUACUGCCAGUGACUAGUUGGUUAAAAGUUCUUGCAGGAAACCUACCUGUAUAACAAAUGUUCCCAAUUACAGGUUUAUAGCAGUUUCAGAUGCCUAUAGACCCAUUUUAUAUAAACUGCCCUGUGUAAUUAUAAUUCAUCUUUGUUUACCUUUACUGUAAAUCUAUGUUUAUAUCUGGAGUUCAUAAUUUCAAGUAGGAUAUUAUUGAUACAUUGCCAUCAAAUGCAGUUUUCAGGCAUUAGCCUUGCUCUGAUCAAGCUCAGGGUAGCCCGUAUGUAGACUGUGGCUGUACGAGUAUGCAGUAACUUGUUCUCAGUUCAGAAAUAAGGUAAUCUAUGUAGAUACUAUUCUCAUUUUUACUAUAGAAUGAUAAAGGGGCAGAUACUUGUAGAACAAUGGAAACUGAAAAUAAAUAUUGUAGUUCAUCCAGCUGAAUAGGAGUGACAAGAUUGGGUUAGCAUUUUAUGAUGCAGUUCAGAAUUCUAAAUUAUGAAGGAAUGAUAGCUUCUGUAUAUAUUAAUCUAGGUAUGACAUACUAAUGGUGAUAUUUUUAUUAUGAUUGUUUUAAAUUUUCAAAGGCCGCUUUUUCAUUUCAACGAAGGUUUAAGAAAAUGGAAAUGAAACCUAAUUAUUAUCAUCUUUGUGAAAAUAUUCUUUUGUAUGUUGCAUAAUGUUAAAUUAACAAUGCGGGAAACCUCUGAAAAAGAUGGCUGGAAGGGAUUUCAACAGAACUGUAGUGAAUCUAUACAGUGGAAAAGGUGUUAUAGUUUGGAAUACAUUUUACACAGUGUAAAGGUAUUAUCCUCAAACUGCACCUCGUUUAUUGUGAGUCAGUCUAUUUAUUAUGUAUUUAAACAUGUUGUCAGGUUAGAAAAGAGGAUUUGCAAUCUAUGACUUUGUAUCCAAACUAUGUUUUUGGAAUAUCUAAGAAAACAUUUAUGUAUUUC